GCGUGCGGGGAGGUCAGGGCACCCCAGCGUGCGUGCCCCCACGUGUGCGCCUGUGCGUGUGGGUGUGUGCGCCUGUGCGUGUACCAACAGUGCAGCCGCGUCAGAGUGUGUGUGCUCCGAGUGUGACGGCCGCGUGGGCCGGUGCAGGGUGUGUGUGGGGAUGGGGGUGUCUGAUUGGUGCUGUGACCUGCGGCAGCACAGCCGCCCGGGUUGAGCACCCACGGUGGCCUGGACAUCACACUAGGUGCUGACAGGACCGGCAGAGGCGGCCGCUGCCCUCGUCCCCAGCCUGUACUCCUGGGCGAAGGCUGAUGCUGAACAGGGUGCUGUGGGCCCAGAAGCGCCCAUGCUAGAGGGCAUCCAGAACCAGGCAAAUCUGGGCCUUGCGGGCCCUUGGACCAGUGUCUGUCUGCGGGGAGCCCCCAGUAGCCACUCAGAUCAGCCCGAGGGAAGAUUCUGGACGAGAUCGUGGCUGUCCCCGGGGUGGCCCAUGGACACCAGCAGGGGCUCCCAGGAGUGGCCAGGCCCUGCCCGCCCACCAUGCUGCAGUGUAGACACGCACAGGAGUUCAGCUUCGGGCCCCGGGCCCUGAAGGAUGCCCUGGUCUCCACUGACGCGGCCCUGCAGCAGCUGUACGUCACCACCUUCUCCCCUGCCGAGCGGCUCUUCCUGGCCGAGGCCUACAACCCGCAGAGGACACUCUUCUGCACCCUGCUCAUCCGCACGGCCUUCGACUGGCUCCUGAGCCGCCCCGAGGCCCCUGAGGACUUCCAGACCUUCCACGCCUCCCUGCAGCACCGGAAGCCCCGGCUGGCUCGGAAGCACAUCUACCUACAGCCGAUAGAUCUGAGCGAGGAGCCAGUGGGAAGCUCCCUGCUGCGCCAGCUGUGCAGCUGCACCGAGGCCUUCUUCCUGGGCCUGCGUGUCAAGUGCCUGCCCUCAGUGGCGGCCGCGUCCAUCCGCUGCUCCUCGCGCCCCAGCCGGGACUCUGACAGGCUCCAGCUCCACACAGACGGCAUCCUGUCCUUCUUGAAGAACAACAAGCCAGGGGACGCACUGUGUGUGCUGGGCCUCACGCUGUCCGACCUGUACCCCCACGAGGCCUGGAGCUUCACCUUCAGCAAGUUCCUUCCAGGGCACGAAGUGGGCGUCUGCAGCUUCGCCCGGUUCUCGGGGGAAUUCCCGAAGUCGGGGCCCAGCGCCCCUGAUCCAGCCUUGGUGGAGGCAGCAGCAGAUGGCCCUGAGGCCCCCCUGCAGGACAGAGGCUGGGCCCUGUGCUUCAGUGCCCUGGGGAUGGUUCAGUGCUGCAAGGUCACGUGCCACGAGCUCUGCCACCUUCUGGGCCUGGGGAACUGUCGCUGGCUCCGCUGCCUCAUGCAGGGUGCGCUCAGCCUGGAUGAGGCCCUGCGGCGGCCCCUGGACCUCUGUCCCAUCUGUCUGCGAAAGCUGCAGCACAUCCUGGGCUUCAGGCUCAUCGAGAGGUACCAGAGACUCUACACCUGGACUCAGGCGGUGGCGGGGACAUGGCCCAGCCAGGAGGCGGGGGAGCCGUCGGUGUGGGAGGACACCCCGCCCGCCAGCGCUGACUCGGGCAUGUGCUGCGAGAGUGACUCGGAGCCCGGCACCAGCGUGUCCGAGCCCCUCACCCCUGAAGCCUGCAGUCACGCCUUCUCCUCGGGGCCAGAGGUGGAGCCAGAGGAAGGGCUGAGCUCCCUGGUGGCCUCAGAGGCUCCGCCGGCACUUGGGGGCCCUGCGGAGGCUAUCAAGGAGCAUGAACGGUGGCUGGCCAUGUGCAUCCAGGCCCUGCAGCGGGAAGUGGCGGAGGAGGAGCUGGCACAGGUGGACAGAGCCGUGGAUGCCCUCGACCGCUGGGAGAUGUUCACGGGCCAGCUCCCGGCCAUCAGGCAGGACCCACCCAGCAGCAAUGACAGUGUGGGGCUGCGCAAGGUCCUGGGGGACAAGUUCUUCUCCCUGAGGAGGAAGCUGAGUGCCCGAAAACUCUCCAGAGCAGAGUCAGCCCCCUGCCCCUGGGAUGGGGAAGAGAGUUAGCACAGCAGGGGCUGCCCUGCAUCUUCUUCCCUAGGAUGCUGGCUGGCCAGCGCUGUCCAGUAGCUGAGGCCACUACUGACCUGCCAGGGAUUAAGAGGAAGGGCCUGGCUGGGUGGUGGCUCAGGCCUGUCAUCCCAUCCCUUUGGGAGGCCAAGGCGGGGGGAUCGCCUGAGGCCAGGAGUUUGAGACCAGAUUGGGUAACAUGGUGAGGCUCUGCCUCUACAAAAGAAAAAUUUAAAAAUGAGCCGGAUGCAGUGGUUCAUGCCUGUGGUCCCAGAUAUUCAGGAGGCUGAGGUGGGAGGAUUGCUUGAGCCUAGGAGGUCGAGGCUGCAGUAAGAUGUGAUCAUGCCACUGUACUGCAGUCUGGGCACCACAGCAAGACUGUCUCAGGAAUAAAAAGGAAAGGUUCUUUGGAAAAGCCACGGACCACUUGUCUUCAGGCGCCUCCUUCAACUCCCGUGUCCCAGCCAGCUGCUCCCAGGGGCCUGCAUACAUGGAGAGGUCUCUCUGCUCCUGGACACUUCUCAUGGAGUACAACCCGGACUGUGCUGGGGUUGGGACAGAGCCCCCUCGCCCACAGAGGCAGAAGGAAGCAGCGUGCGUCCUGUCUCCUUCCAGGCUGCAGGCCUGCCCUUUAGUUAUUUAUAGCCAGAGCUGGAGAGGCCAGCUCAGAUGAGGAGUGACCCUGGGGGCACACAGGUUCCACGCUGCAACCCAGCUUCCAAGGCUGAGUCUCCUCCACAAAGGGGAAGCGACGGGGUUUUGCCUCUAUCUCAAGCGUCAACCCCAUGCACACACAAAGUGGCCAGUUCUGUGGCGCUAGUAGCAUUCUGAUCCUAACGGGCUUCACUGGGGCUCUCCAUGCAAGUUCUGGGGUUUGCCAUCUCUUCUGACAGAGGCUGCAGGAGUUGAGGGUGUCUGACAUGCACUGAGGGCAGAGGCCCCCUUAUUCCUGAGGCAGCUGCUGCUCACUGUGGGGAAAAUAAACUGCGGUGAUGUUUUUGGGAUAGUUUCUUGGCAAAGGCGGCUGCACUGUCAGUACCACCAAGUAGGUGGAGGUGGUGAUCAGAUGAUCUUUUUUUUUUUGGUCUAGUUCGAUCAGUUGCUGAGAGAGGGGUGUUAUUGCCACGGCUGGGCAUUUUAUCUGUCUCCCUUCAAUUUUGCCGAAUUUUGCUUCCUGCAUUUUGAAGCUCCUUUAUGUCCAUGCAUAUUUGAUUGUUGUGUCUUCCUGAUGAAUUGACCCUUUUAUUGUCAAACGUCCCCCUCAGCCUGCAGUGGAGAGUCCCAGGGACAGAGACUUCCGGUUCUGACAGCGGAAUCCCUUCGGAGCGACGAGGGCGGGGUCACCACUCACGCUCUCUCAUCUGGAAAGAGGCAAGAACAGGGCAGCUUGGACCUUUUGUGGGUGGGUGGCUCAUACAGUUAUGGAGGGCUUCUAAGAAAAACAAUCCAAAAUAUAAAACUAAAACUGGAAGGGCUAUGCAGGGGAGGGGACUGAGGCUUCCUUGUGAAUCUGACAUUGGUAGAGGCCGACUGCAGGCUCCCGGUCCUGGCCCCAGAAAAUGCAAAACGACUAGUACGUGUUGACUUCAGAGAAGCAAAGAUGCAGCCCAAAAGCAGCAUUAGGAUCUUCAUCCGUCCCGUUCUCUUUUGCGUAGCUUCAAAGAGGUAUGACACUGACCUGGGAGGGAAGAUGAAGAGCCAGGCCUUUCAGAAAGUGGCCAAUGGAAGGUGCCGGCCGAGCGCACUGCAGUAACAGAAGGCGAAAGCUGGAGCCUGGUGGCUGUUGCUGCAAACAAACCACCCAAGACUUAGUGGCUUAAAUCACAACAGUCUAGCUCAUGAAUCUGUAACUUGGGCAGAGCUUGGUGGAGACGGUUUGCCUCUGUGGUUCAACUGGAGGGUUUGUUCACGUGGCUGCCAAGAGGAAGCUGGCUGGGAAUGUCAGGCCUUGGUUCCUGCCCACGUGAGGCUCUCCAUGGAGGAGAGGCAUCUUCUUAGGAAGGCAGCUGCCAUAUUGUGAGGAAGCCGGACAAGCAGGGCAGACAGCCAGAGCCAGACAGCAGGCUCCUGAUCCCAGUCUCAGAAAAUGCAAAGGGACAAGUAGGUGUUGACUUCAGAGAAGCAAAGAUGCAGCUCAGAAGUAGCAUUAGGACCUUCAUCCAUACCCCUCUCUUUUGCAUAGCUUCUAAGGGGCAUGACAGUGACCUGGGAGGUAACUGUGACAGAACGAAGAGGGGAGACGAAGAGCCAGGCCUUUCAGAAAGUGACCUGGGGUUCCUCACAAUAUGGCAGUUGCCCUCCUAAGGUGGACAUUCUGAGGGACGGAUGGAAGCUCUGUGGUGUUUCAUAACUCGGCCUCACGUCACAGAGUGUCACCUUUCCUGCACUCUACUGAGGCAGUGACAAGGAACCCACCCCAGGUUCACAGGGAGAGGCUGUGGCAGGGAAUGUGAGGCAACAGAAUAUCGCUGUGGCCAUUCAUGAACAGUCAGCCCCACUCGGCGUUCGCUGUGGGGAUUUGGCUGGUGCACCUGCUAGACGACCUGACCUGUUUUCCGAUUUCAUCUUCUGCAAAAGGUUAACCGCUGGAGUGAUGUGAGAUUAAACAGAGGUGAUAAAAAUAGAACAGCCUGGCUCAGGCUGAGGGUGGGAGUGCGUUGGGGUUAUGGCCAAAGCCUCCGCACUGUCUCUCUGUACCCAUGUCCUUUGACCCUCAACUGUGAUGCAUGUCCCAAAAAAGCAUUUUGAAGGCAGGAGCAAACCACUAAAAAAACCCCUUUUAUCCACAGCCUUUACCUAGUUGCAGAUGUGAGUGACAUUUUUUAAGACAGCUGUUGGGAGGAUGGUUUUGAAAUGCAACUUUGAGGAAGAGAAAUCAGUUUCCCUCCUCUCCCCUGUGCUAGCCCCAGGUUCUGUCUGUGCUGUGGUGAAGGGUAACUUGGGACAGUCAGCAGGAAAGAUGCUAAGGCAGCAGAGAGAUAAUGAGGGCUGCCUUCUCGAGGAAGGUCACAGCUCACGAAUCUUUCUAAACUCCUUAAGCACUGCAAAAGUUGAACUGAGAUUAAAUUUAGAGAUGAUGGUUUCCAAGAAACACAGGGCCAUGGUUCUUUCAGUUUUAAAAAAUGUGCAGAGUCCACUUAAUUGCUUUCUCGUCUCCUUAUCUGUCAGAAGCCCCUGAAUUCACAAGGAUGGGUCUUCCAGCUUGACGAUGACCUCUCUUCUGAGAGCCUCACCCAUCUUGGCAGGUCAAGUCAGCGGGGCCUCAUGGAGCUAAAAAUAUUUUCAGGUCACGACAGACGUUAUCUGUAUUGCUGUGUGUGUGCGAUGAGGCUGGGGAAGCUAACACUUGCCUUCUGAAGUAGCUAGAAUACACACUCUCACGUCACAGCCAUGCUUUGAUGAAGGGGUGAGGAGCAGUGUCCCCUCUUGGAGGCAAAUCUCUCUUCAGGCAGCCCAGCAGUCCUUUCCGAAAUCUCAUGUUCUGUCUCUUCCUCCCCAAAGCCCAAACUCAUUGUCAGACGGAAGAGAGGGGAGAAGCAGCAUCCCGACUCCAGUCCAUGGUGUGAACCCUGAGGGCACAGGACAGUGAGUGGAGCUCUGCCCCCACCCCUAUUUCCAGAGCAUGGGUGAGGGGGGAGGGAUGCCGACCUGUUCAUAUUGUCCCAUGGGACAUCUGCUUCAGACCUUUCCCUGAUGAAAUCUCCAAAAGCCUUAAACAUAAAAUGGCUUAGUCAA